GGGAGACAGAAAGUCUAACACUGUCUGCAGCAGUGAGGCUCCUUGGCAAUGCUGGUCACUAUGCAAUACCUCCUACUUUGUGCUGCCAUUCUCCUACCUCAGAGCCUUCCGUUUCCAAUACCACUUAAACCAGCAUUAUGGAGCAAUGCAGACUUAGACAUUGUACAGACAUAUCUUAACAAAUUCUUUCCACUACUUGAAAAACACCCUGCCAUCAGCCUAGAAGAAAGGAUUAAAGAAAUGCAGAAGUUUUUCCGCCUGACUAUAACCGGAAAAUUAAAUGCAGAAACAAAAACCAUAAUGCAACAGCCCAGAUGUGGAAUCCCUGAUGUAGCAAAUUACCAAACAUUUUAUGGAAGUCCACGAUGGAAUAAGAAAUACUUGACUUACAAGAUUGUUAAUUACACACCUGACCUACCCCGAGAAUAUGUGGAUGAUGCAAUUAGAAGGGCUUUGAUGGUAUGGAGCAAUGUGACUCCGCUGCGCUUCAAAAGAGUUACCUCGGGACAGGCAGACAUCAUGAUUAAAUUUGCACGUCGUGCACACGGUGACGGAUAUCCUUUUGAUGGAAGAGGUGGCACAUUAGCUCAUGCUUUUCAGCCUGGAGAGGGGCUAGGUGGAGAUGCUCAUUUUGAUGAUGAUGAAAGGUGGUCAAAAUACAAUCAAGGAGUUAAUUUGUUCCUUGUUGCUGCUCAUGAAUUUGGCCAUUCUUUGGGACUCGCCCACUCAAAUGUCCGUGGAGCCCUGAUGUACCCUCUCUACUCAUAUGUGAACCCAGAAACCUUCACACUUCAUUGGGAUGAUAGGCGAGGAAUUCAGAAAUUAUACGGGAGAAACUCAGCAAACUCGUGAAGAAGGUGUUUCAAAAAAAAAAAAAAAAAAAAAAAAGAAUUCAGAUCUGGUAGUUUUGGUGUUCCAAAACCAUUUAAAUGUUCUGGGUAAUAGCACAUCUAAGCAUCACCUUCUGUCUUGAACUUUUCAUGAUUUGUUUACACAUGAUCCAAUUUCAUGUGACAAUAAAAAAAAUCAAACAUCUUGUAUACUUUGUUUGCUAA